CUGUAACAGCAUUUGUUGGGCUUCAGCCCCUAAUCCACUUCCAUAGCCACUGAUCGUCUUAUCCACCCGCAUAAUCCCUUGGAUAAACCCUAGCUACACCAUCAUCACCGCCGCUUGCAUAAACCCCCGUUCACCAUCAUAACCGCAGUGUCCAUGUCCGGAGAAGAAAUAUUGCGUUAUUAUCACAUGAAUGGCAAAAAUAGAGGAUUUACGGUUGACCGAAGGGGAAUUAUACGCGUGGGGUUAGUUCCGCCGCCUGAAAUUCUUGAACAUAUCGAUAAUCCCAGUGUUCUCAUAGGGAGAACAUGGAAAGCCGGCGAAAGGUUAAUUCGAUUUGAGGAAGUAACUGGCACACACCGUAGCCCUUCACCAUCACCAACAAAUCCCACGGGAAGCAAUACGAACCAGCAGCAGCUACUGAUUACUCUACACAUGGGAGGGACAUGGAGCAAACAGAAGUACGUUGCAACCCAAGGAAGCGGAAUAAAGAAACGUCUUCUAAGGAUUCCUUUGACUUCGUCACUCUCGGAUUUGACAUAUUCAGAGCUCAUUGAUCAUGUGAAGAGGGAGGCAGGUUCAUUUGGAGAUAAGAAAUUGACCUACAAAUCAUCCAAGAAGCCUGUAUUAGGCAUGCGUAUACCAGGCGUGAGAAGAGUUAAUUUUUUAGCACUCACUAUCAAUAGCGAGUGGAACAUGAAGCCCUUUUUGAAUCAUGUGGCAGAGCUUUUAGCUUCAUCCAAACCCGUAAACUUGUACCUUGGUUGAAUCCUUCCUUCCUGAAGCCAUGUCUUAUGUUUUGUUUUUACUAGUAUGUUUAAGAUGGUUAAGUAAGUACUGAGAUGCUUAUGUCUAAGAUGGUUAAAUUAAUGAUUGUAUAUAUGGUUUUAACUGAUAAUAGAUGCUUUUAUCAAUUA